AUGGCCAGUAACGCAGAGUCCAAGAACUCCUCGCAGCACAACCAGUCGCGCAAGGCGCACCGCAACGGUAUCAAGAAGCCCAAGACGUCGAGAUACCCUUCCCUCAAGGGAACUGACCCCAAGUUCCGCCGCAACCAUCGUCACGCUCUGCACGGCACCAUGAAGGCCCUGAAGGAGCUGAAGGAGGGCAAGCGCGAGACGGCAUAG